ACAGCGGGUCAUGUGACUUUUCCCUCACUGGGUCCAACAGACAGACUCACAGAGAGGAAGAGUCGCGCUCAGACAGACGAGAGACAAGUUCAGCAUUAUGGCGCUGCGGGACGAGCUUUUAAAGUCUAUCUGGCACGCGUUCACAGCUCUGGAUGUGGACAAAAGCGGGAAGGUCUCCAAAUCUCAGCUCAAGGUGCUUUCCCACAACUUGUGUACGGUGAUGAAGAUCCCACAUGACCCUGUGGCGCUGGAGGAGCACUUUAAAGACGACGACGAGGGUCCCGUCUCCAACCAGGGAUACAUGCCGUACCUGAACAAGUUCAUCCUGGAUAAGGUGACGGAUAACUUUGACCGUCAGGAUUUCAACAAAAUGUGCUGGACGUUGUGCUUCAGGAAAAACCUGAAUCAAAGCCAAUUAUUUAUCACCAACGAUGACGCCUUCAAGAUCUGGUGCAUCUUCAACUUCCUGUCUGAGGACAGAUACCCGCUGAUCAUGGUCACUGAGGAGAUCGAGUACUUCCUGCGUAAGCUGACGGAGGCGAUGGGGGGCAGCUGGGUUGAGGAGCGUUUUGAGGACUACAAACUGCAGCUGAACUCGAAGCAGCAGAGUCUGAACGUCUGGGAGCUCAUCGGCGUGGUGGGGUCGGGCCACUUCAGCAAGGGCAUGGACCGCCAAACGCUCUCCAUGGGCAUCAACGAGGUCUACCAGGAGCUCAUCCUGGACGUGCUCAAACAGGGCUACAUGAUGAAGAAGGGUCACAAGAGGAAGAACUGGACGGAGCGCUGGUUCAUGCUGAAGCCGAACUCCAUCUCCUACUAUGUCGGCGAGGACCUGGCCGAACAGAAAGGAGAUAUCUUAUUGGACGGAAACUGCAGCGUUGAGGCUCUACAAGAUAAAGAAGGAAAGAAGUGUCUCUUCCUCAUCAAGUCGUCACAAAAAAGCUUUGAAAUCAGUGCGUCAGACAAGAAGAAGAAGCAGGAGUGGAUCCAGGCCAUUCAGACCUGUGUGACCCUGCUGCGUCAGGGCCGGCCGGCGCCGCACCGGGAGGCUCGACAGAAGCGGCGGGAGCUGCGGCUGAAGCAGCAGGCUGAACAGGAGGAGCUGGAGCUGAGGAUGAGGGAGCUGCAGACGGCCAAUGAGGUUAAACAACUCGAACUGGAGAACAUGAGGAAGGCCUUGGAGGAGGCAGCCGCUAACGCAGCAGAAGAAGAGCAAAGGCGUCUUCAGACCCAAACUGAACUCCAGGACCGCUACAGGAUGGACCUGGAGAGAGAGAAAACGGUACGGCAGCAGGUGGAAGAGCAGGUGGCCCAGAAGUCCACUGAGCUGGAGCAGUACCUGCAGCGGGUUCGGGACCUGGAGGACAUGUAUGGUAAACUGGAGGAUGCUCUGGAGGACGAGAGACGUGCCAGACAGGAUGAGGAGGCCGUCCGCAGGCUGCAGGCACGGUUACUGGAGGAAGAGGCCACAAAGAGGGCAGAGUUGGAGCAGAUCCACCUACGGCAGCAGCGCGCCAUCUCAGAGACAGAGGCUGAGAAGCAGGAGCUGGAGAAGGAGCGCCUGGCCAAGGAGAGCGCCCUGCAGGCAGCCAUGAAACAGCUGGACCAGCUGGAGCAAGAGAGACAGGGGGCGCUGGAGCAGUAUCAGACAGUGAUGAAGAAGCUGGAACAUGCAACCAAUAACACCAAGACCUGGAAGCACAAGGUGGCUGAACAUGAGGGCUUGUUACGACUCAUUCAACCAGGUUCCAAGGGACAGCAGCUGAUCACCAACUGGGGUCCAGCAGCCUUUUCUGAUGCAGAGCUCAAUCUGAGGGAGAAGCAAUGGCAGGAGAUGAAGAACCAGCCGACCCAGGCUCAGUAGAGAACCCUGAACCUUGAACAUGUCAGAAGAGAAGAAGAGAGAGGGCUGCUGGGAUAUACUGGCUAGUAACUGGAUUUUCAGUGGAAGCAAAAAGUGAGAUUUAACUAUCAGUAAUUUUAUGUUAAAGGGACAUUAAGUAAUGAAUUAUCGAUAUCCCUUUUAUAAAUUCUGCUGUCCAGUAGGAACCAACACCGAUGGUAUAUUUUUGAACAAUUCACUGUCAUUGUAGGGCACCAUAUAUAAGGGAGCAGUACAGAGACUCGUGCAUUAUGAGGAUUAAGUUCACUAAUUCUAGCAGGGAUCCAACACAAAUACUAAGUGGAGAAGCGAUAAUGCAAAGACAAAUGCUGGAAUAAUAAUAAUAAUAAUAAUAAUAAUAGCUCUGCUGUUAAGAUUUGUCUCCCUUUUGUUGCUAAAUGUUUUGAUUGCUGUGUCAGUCAUUCGGUCUUAUAACUGAGCAGCUAAAAAUGUAGAUUAAAGUUGUUUAAAGUCCAAUGAGUAGGGAGAUUUCUUUCCAAAACUGUCAAAUUAGUUGUAGAGGCAAGAGUUCACGUGGCAGUUGGGUCAUUAAUAUUGAUCUCUAACCCUAACAAGCCCCACAGUACAUUAUACAGUAUGUUACAGUCAAAAUAACUUUAAAUAGUGCCAUAGCCAUCUUAGUAGUUUAGCUCUGAUCCAACAUUCACCCAGCACUAGCUGACCGAAUGAGGCACCAGUCCUAGUAUACCAGACAUAAAGCAUACGGCAACUGGAUCGAUUCACUUCAUUAACUUUAGACCAUGUGGGCUCCUGUAGGACCAACAGCCAGCUCGCAGUUUAAACUACCAGUCUGUUGUAUACAACACUUCACUGUCUAUGAACAGUGGACCAUUGUUAAAAUCAAAAAGUCAACAUUAUACAUAAUUUAAAUCUAUUUUAUGAUGUGCAGCUUAUUAAAACUCAUGAAUAGAAAAGAGUGAGCACCACUACCUUUAAUUAUUUUCUUCCACUUUGUCCUGAUUGUGGAUUUGUAUCUAUGAAAUGCACUACUUUUGACCAGAGUCUGAUCUGUCCACCCCAAACUGUUUGAGCAUGUUUUAGGUUCAGGCUGUUGUAAAGUUAAGAGCUGGUGAAGUUGUAAGAUCUACUACUACUUUUUCCUGUGACUGUUUUCCUUUCAUCUCUUUAGGACAAUUUUUUUACAUAAAAAUAUAAGGGAUUUUUGUACAUAUUUUAACAAUGGUUUGUGUUUUGUCAAAGUUUGUUUUUUUUGUACUAAAGGUAAAGACCCAGUGUGUAGGAUUUAGUGGCAUCUAGUGGUGUAAUUGCAGAUAAGAGCGCCCUUUCCAGGCAGGAAGGAGAAACUACAGAUGCCAUGUAACUUGCAAAAAUUUUGAUCUACAGCCAGUGUUUGGUUUGUCCUUUCUGGGCUACUGUAGAAACAUGGCGGUUCAACAUGGCGGAUUCUGUAGGAGAGGACCCACUCCCUAUGUAGAUAAAACGUCUCAUUCUUAGGUAACUUUUCAGGUGAUUAUACACUAAUGAAAACAUACCUAUGAAGAUUAUAUCCUACUCAAUGUUACACACUGGACCUUUAAGCUGCAUGAAGGCAGCAUCAGUAGCAACUAAGGAUGACAUGUCUAAUGUUAAGUCAAUGAUGUUUAACCAAGUUGUCUUCUAAAAAAACCAACCUGAAUUGAAAAACCACGUACGAUUCACUAUCUUUUAUCAUCAAAGUGCUUUUUACUCCAGUUUGUCUGACCUAACUUUAUAUUCGUCUAAUGAACUGGCUCUUAAACAUUUCCUGCUUGUAAACACUGUUUCAGAAAUAGGGCAUUUUGCCAAAGUCUCACUCCAACCAAGAAUGCUAACAUUUGUGCUGUAGCCAUCAGUGCCUUUCAUAUCGUCAUGAGUGAACAUUGUAAUUUCCUCUUUGUUUUUAUAUAUAUAUAUAUAUAUAUGUAAAAAGCUGAAAACUGAACUAUGUAAUAAAACAUUUGAAUAACUCUA